UGUGUCUCUCUCUCUGGCUACUCCUCCGCCGCCUUUCUCUCCAUUCUCAGCCUGCGCCGCGGAAGUGAAAUCUAUUGAUUUCUUCCCAUAACUACGAGAGGUUUGAUCUGCAAUCAUUGCCCGAUGCUCCAAGCAAGAUGGACAUGCCCGCCAUUGUUGCAGCUUAGCUGCCGGAGUCAGCUACCCGUCUUCGAGAGAGGCGGCUUCUGAGCAUCCAUGGAUAUUCACGGCCAGGACUUCCGGUCGCAGUUCCCCGUCCUCUCCGUUUUCAGGAUCCCUCCCCUCAUCUCUCAAAAUCCUGACUUGGGUCCCCUCCUAUUCGACCCAGUCCCGAGCUCUCUCGUCUCUCUCCUCUCCUCACCUUCCCUUCUCUUUCCUCCGCAGUUCCCUCCGCGGCUCUCUCUCCCGCGGUUCCUCGGCACCACCGCUGCUGUCCCGCUCUCUGUCGCUGACACUGUCGCCUCCCUUUUCGGCCCCCAGCCAAAUGAGGCAGCUUCCGCGGCAUUCUCCCACAACCGUCUCCGGCUCCUCCGCUGUCCCUCCACCGGUCUCUUGGCUGCGUUCUUUCCCACUGGGGAAAAUUCCGACCAGCUGGGGUUCGUGGUCUUGGAAUCGGAGCUUGGAGUUCAGCUCGAUGACGAUGGCGGCGUCUUUAGGUCCUCGAAGCGGUUUAGCCACUCGAUUGUUCGGAUUCUUGUCAACCCGGUCGGAGAUGAUGAUGUCUUGUCGGGUAAUGAUGGUGUUAUUGGGUACGUGAUGGCCUGCACUAUGUAUUCGGUUCACUGGUUUGCUGUGAGAAGUGUCCAUAAAACCCGGAAGAUUGAAGUUGUUUACUCAUGUAGUAAAUCCUUCAAGAGCUCGGCGAUUGCAGGGGCUUGUUGGAGUUCGCAGUUGCCCGAAGUAAGUGCGGUUUUGCUGGAUAAUGGUAGUUUAUUCCUGUUCGAUUUGGAGCCUCUGUUGUAUGUUGACGGUGACGAUGCCUUGGACUGUGCCGAUAUCAGAGGGACUAGGCUGAAGGUAUCCUGGAAUAAGCUCAUUGACAUGCGUGAUAAACGAACCACCAAAUGGUUGGGAUGUGAGUUUAGUUGGCACCCGCAGAUUCUCAUCGUGGCACGCUCCAAUGCGGUUUUCUCAUUAGAUUUCAGGUCUGAAUCGUGCAAUGUGAGUUGUGUGGCAAAGAUCGAGAUGUCGGGUACUUACGCUUCGGUCGAGAAGGAUCGGUUCCUCACGUUUUCUAUGGCAGGGCCUGAUGGUUUUCACUUUGUCGUAGCUUCUAACCGGUUGUUAAUUCUAUGCGACGUGCGAAAGCCGUCAAAGCCCAUAUUGCAAUGGGUGCAUGGUAUUGAUAAACCGUGCAGCAUUGAUGUGUUUAAGCUGUCUCAGCUGAGAUCCUGUUCUCGGGAUGACACAUGGGCUUCGGAGUCGGGCUUUGGUAUUCUGCUAGGGUCCUUCUGGAACUGUGAGUUCAGUCUCUUCUGCUAUGGACCUCAUCUGCCUUCAAUGAAGGGUUCCUGUGAAUCAAAAUUUUCAGAAAUGUGUAAGUCCUUCUGUGCGUGGGAGCUCCCUACAGCGCUCUGCUUAUCGGGCCGAGAAUGUCGGUCUGGAAGCUGCCUCGUGAAGGAGGAAUUCUCCAAGAAUGAUCUUCCUGAAUGGGUCGAUUGGCGGCAGAAGAAAGAUAUCGUCUUGGGAUUUGGUAUCCUGGGAAAUGAUCUCUCACCUGUAGCAUCCGAAGUGGAUGAAUUCGGCGGAUUUACAGUAGUUAGGCUGAUGUCUUCUGGGAAGCUUGAAGCUCAGAGAUACCGUGCAUCUUGGAAAUUCACAAGAAAUUUGGAAGAACCUGAGACAGUAUCUGCCCUGUUCUCUGAAGACAAUAUUUUAGAUUCUACGGUCGAUGAGGGCUACAAGUUUGUGAGGAUAUUUCACUACAUCAAACUGCAUUACCUCAUGGCGUGUUUGAAGGGUAAUCUGUCUUCAAAGCUCGGUUCCUCUUUGAGUGAAUAUGCUCAUUCUCCUCUCGAGAAAGAUUCAUUCAAUCCUGAAUUUCAUGCUAUCUUGUGCGAGAAGUUGAAAAUGUGCGGUUUUACCCGAUCGAGAUCAUCUCCCGCUAUUAGUCUGGUUUUCGAUGACAUCAGCUUGCCAACAACCAUACGUGAGAUAGCUCUAACGAGAGUUUGGUCUGAAUUACCAGUUGAGCUAUUACAGUUGGCCUUCUCCAGUUACUCUGAGUUUCUGGAAGUAGUACACGGCGGGAUUAGAGAUUUCUAUCAUGAUUUUUCGGCGGUUUCGGAGUUGCCUCAAUUGCCCCCUUACAUAUUACGAAGGCCCUCAUGCAGAAGCAACAAGUGGUCGCAACGGGUCCGGAGGAGUGAUGACUCCAUUGUUGGUCCGGUAGUUCCUCUAGCGGUGCUAUCUUCACUUCAGAGGUUGCGUGGUGGGUUGGAAUCAGAAACAACCGAGGAGGAAGGGCUGAGCUCGCAGUGUGAUGAAAUAUUGCAGCUGGCUGCGGAAGUGGCUCGGGCAGAAUCCAGUCCUGAGGUCCUGGGAGACCAUGCCGUGUCCCUUUCGGAUGAUAGGGAUGAAGAUUGGGUCGGAUCUCAGAACAAGAAGAAACGUUUCCUUUUACACGAGCCGGGUGCAUUUAAGCCCCGAAGGGAUGACAGAUUUGCUAGGCUGGUCUCAAGAGUGUCCGAGGACGAGCAUGUUCUGGGAGGCAGUCAGGGUCCGAGUGGGCCAGAGAUGUUCGAUGAUUUGUGCCCGAUCAAAUUGCGAUUCAGCAAUAGACCUCCUGUGAAGUUCACAGAGCAGGAAUUGGUCGCAUACAGGAUAUUGAAGAAGCAGUUCUUGAAAAGGGCAGAUAGUGUUUUUGGUCAGUAGCAGAGGGAGAUGUAUGAUAGUAGGAAACCUCGAGGAAGAUGGAAAAAUUUGUUGUACAGAAUACGUGAAGUUCAUUUUCCAGAAGAGGUGCUAAUCAAUUGCCGAAUUCGUGCAAAUUGGCACGUCCCGGCUGUAAACUUUUAUCUAAA